AUGGCGUUAUCUGUCUACGACGAGUCUUCGCUUGACCGCGCUUUCACAGAAGCACAGAACGAGAACCAGAAAAUCAAUGAGCACAGGUUGACACUGGAGCGAUACUGGCGAGAGAAGGACAGUGAGGCCCAGUGGCAACGUGUAGAUUGUCAUGACUACCUCAAGAAUUGCACCGACCAUGGCAUGACGCCAUCAGACGAGCACCUAUACGCGUUCCGUUGUCUUGAGAAUUUUGAGCGCUACAUUCGACCGAACAAGCUACAAGGAGCGACGCACUACCAGCACAAAGUGGUGUUGCAAUGGCGAGACGGUGAAACGAGCAGUCACGAGUGGCAGAUCCCCAUACCACGUCCUUCCACAGCCAGUCACCAAGACGACGCGUCUGAGGGGCUUGCACGCCCUGAAGUGAAGAAUGAGACCACUAUAGCCAACUCCGAGGACGUCAUGGAGUCUAUUGAAACAGACAUCAUCGAUCCGAUGCUAGAGCAAGCUGAGAUCUUCAGCUACAGAGGACCAUAUCUUGAACCAUGGAGAUCCGGCUCAAGUGAGCAGACGCAGAGACACCAAGGUGCAGGAGCGGAGGGCGUGAUUCAGCAGGAUGAUGCAGCAUGA